AUGGCAGACGAUGAAGCAGACCCAGAGCUCGUAGCCCUCCUCCGGCAACAUCUUGGCCUAGACGCACCGUCAAAGGAUGCACCAGCGGACACCGGAGUCCUCCAAUCAGCCGAGUAUGUCUACAACAACAGUAUAGACGUCGCCAUUGACAUGCGUGGAACCAAAGCGGCUGCCGAGCUCAUAUACCGGCAAAUGCAACAGCGUUCUUACAGUACCAGCACGUGGUCCGAACACGAGCUGCAUCCCCAAGCUAAAGACGAGAGCACCGUGAACUUUAUCUUCACUAUGGAUCUAUUGAACUUUUGCUUCUGGUCUGAGAAAGGACCAGCGGAGAGAUUUGCAGUCAAGUACCGCGGGCAGUGGUGGACAGGCUACUGGAGUCUGGUGGCUGUGCUGCAGAGGGCGUUGGAUGAAGAGAUACCGAUCACGAGCCCAGAUUUCUGGCAGAAUGAGGAUGCUUGCACGGAGGAAGUGUUACGACACGUCUUCCGCUCUGCGACCGCUGAGGAGAUACCGCUCUUCCAAGAGCGCGUAGCUUGUCUCAGAGAGGCAGGACGGGUACUCUGCGAGAGUUUCGGCGGAAGCGUUGUGGAUUUGGUGUCCGAGGUGAAUAGCUCCGCGGCUAGUUUAGUCAACUUGCUUGCAGAGCAUUUCCCUUGCUUCCGAGACGAGGUCGAAGUCGAGCGGCGCAAUGUUCGCUUCUUGAAGCGAGCACAGAUCUUUGUAGCGGAUCUCUGGGCGGCGUUCGAUGGCGAAAGCUACGGCUCCUUCCACGACAUUGACCAGAUCACCAUGUUUGCGGAUUAUCGGAUUCCCCAGAUACUGCAUACUCUAGGCUGCUUGUCUCACAGUCCACCCUUAGCCGGCCGUAUCCAGAGGCAAGAGGAGAUCCAGUCGGGACACAGCUGGGAAACUCAGCUCCGAGGCUGCAGCAUCUGGUGCGUCGAGCUGAUCAGGCGGGAAAUUUUGCGGCAAUACCCGCAGGCGCACCUGAAUGCCAUCUUGAUAGAUUUCUUCCUCUACGAUACCAUGAAAGAGCUAGAGAAAGCGGGCAAGGAGCAGAUUCCUCAUCAUCGGACGAGAAGUAUCUGGUAUUGA